AACAUAGUAUUUAACUUAUGGUAUCAAGAUACACAGUGGGAUUACUUUUUAUUAAAAAGUAUCAUUAUCAACCAUAGAUAUAUGACUCAGUAUGGUGUCAACCCUUCAGUCGGAGCUGAGCUUGAGUCUGCUUUCAGAAUGAGUGGGGUUAGGCCACCACGCUGGCCCUAUUGGCAGACUUCACACAACUAUAAAAUUAAGAAAAUUCUCUGGUAUGCAGGUUUCCUAACGAUAUUUUUCCUUCAUCGUUUGAGACACGUGAUAUUUAAUUUCUUAAAAUGCACACAACUGAAAAUGCUUCGGACACUUAGACCAUUUAAAUCUAUGCCCGGACCGGAUUCGAACCCACACCCUCCGGACUCGGAGGCACAAAUUAUAUCCAAUGGGCUAUCACGGCUAUAUUCAUUGGAAUAUUGUUAGCUAUUGAAUAUUGAGGGGGAGGCAAACUUAGAACCUCUUACGGUGGAAUUCAUAGUCGUAGUAGGGGGCCCCUAAGGGGAUUAUUCAGCCGCUAUGUGUCGAAUUCAACCCCUACGCGUUUCAUAGACAAAAGAAACCCCUCAUUUGACAGGAGCUGGCGGCUGACUGCUGAAUUACCGAUAUUUGUCAGCCAAACCAUCCCCUGGCAUUUUUUUUGUUGUUAUUUGUUACUCGCCCAGUGAAAAUGGAUUUGGAAAACGACUUAUGUUUUUUGAACAAUAUAACGACGGACGUAGAUGUUGUUGAAAACCGUGGGCGUAUAAUAUCAGUGCCAAAGCGAUAUAUUCGGGAUUGCGUAAAUCCAAUAGAAUUUUAUGGCGAUAUGGAAUUUCGUCGCCGGUUCCGCUUUGAUAAAGAGUCCCUUAUUAGGCAUAUUAUGCCUCUAUUAAAUUCACAUUUAACGCGGGACACCAAGAGAGGGCUUCCUAUACCGCCGUUAUUAUGUGUACUAGCGGCACUUCGAUUUUACGCAACAGGAUGUUUCCAGACUGUAUGUGGCGAUUUGGUGUCCAUAUCGCAACCGACAAUUUGUCGGAUUGUAUUGCGUAUCUCGAAAAUAUUAUGCAGUCACGUCCGUCAAGCAGUAAAAUUUCCGUUACCUGGGCCACAAAGUAGUGCAGUCCAUCAAUCAUUCUAUGCUAUAGCAGGAAUGCCACAAGUUAUAGGAUGUAUUGAUGGCACUCACAUACCCAUAAACAACCCUGGAGGACCCUAUGCUGAGGUUUACAGAAACAGAAAAUCUUAUUUUUCUGUAAAUGUCCAGGUUGUUGGAGGACCAAAUUUGGAAAUUUUCGACAUUGUUGCUCGUUGGCCUGGGCGGGAACAUGAUAGUCGAAUCUUUAACUCUAGCUCUGUUAAAAUAAAAUUAGAAGAAGGUUUAAUACAAGGAAUUUUGUUGGGAGAUAGUGCCUAUGCAAGUGAACCUUAUUUGUUAACUCCAAUUAGUAACCCUACUCCCAAUUCUCCUGAUGAAAGGUAUAAUAAAGCUCAGAUAAAAACUAGAAAUUCAGUAGAAAGACUCUUUGGAGUAUGGAAAAAAAGAUUUCCUUGUCUGCAGAAGACACUAGGCAACAAAAUAAAAAAUGUGCCUACAAUAAUAGUAGCUUGUGCAGUUUUGCAUAAUGUUGCUAUAAAAUAUAAAGAUCCUGAGCCUCCAAUAAUUCCUCAAAGAAUAAUGCCCCAACCAAAUGAAACACAAAAUUCAACUAGUGUUUCAGGAUUUGCUGUAAGACGAGGAAUUAUUUUAAGGCAUUUUUCAUGACUUUUUUUACCGUAAAUUUAAUUAUAUAUGUCCCACAAGCAAGCAAGCAACCAUGGUUUGCAAGCUUAGUAGGGUGAUAAUGUUAAAUACUUUAAUGACCGGGACCAACAGCUCAACAUUACGCCAAAAAUUCAUUUUACAUUCAGUAUGUAACAUUUUUUGUUAUUACUAAAGAUGCUGUGCAUAAUUACAAUUGUUUUUUUAUCAUCAGGAGUUAUUAUUAUAUCAUCAGGAGAGGGGAUAAGGCAUACUAUCAGAUGUUGAUGAUAAUGGCUGGGACAGACAGGUACUAAUAUUGUAUAGCUAGAAGUAGGACUGGAACCCAGGACCUCAUAAUCCAAAACUGCAUAGGCCCCUGCACAGGACCAACGAGACAGUUUUAAUUAAUAUGGACCUUGUGAAGUAGCUAAAGAUCAAUUGGAACUUUUACAAUGACAGGGACGGAAUUUUGUGUAGACAAGUGUAGUUCUCAUGGCAGGGAAUUACAAUGAUAUGCUCUAGAAUACUGUUCCUUGAAAAUCUGUGGUUCUCAAAGCAAAGGAAAGACCCUUAUAAUACCUUGGAAAGUCAAUAGCAAUUGGUAUUGAGGUAGUAUAGUGGUGUGUAUUGUAAAGAGGUCUCACUCUGAACAUUUAUAUUAGACCAUUAUUUGCUAAGUAUACAAAUAUUAAAUAAAUGAAUGAUGAAAAAUUAAAAUUUAUUAAUUUUA